UUUACUUGUUUAUCGCGAGCGACGGAGUGACGGUCGAGUCGCGAUUGCCGCCCCAACCCAGACGUGAGUGCAUUUAUUUCAGGAACCGGUAUUAUUUUUUUUUACCGAACGCAUGAAUUAAAUUAAAUAAAAAUAAUAUUAGAAUAAUUUUCGUAAUAGUAUCAGUAACGUUAUUUAUAUUUUAACAAUCAUGUCUCGCGUUUCGUCGCUUUGCGCGGCUGUCGUUUUAUUCUUCGUCGUUGUCGGGGCCUCGUCCAACGAUCUCGAAGGUCCGGUGGAUCAUGGCUACCCGAAGACUUGGAUCGCUAACUUAUUCUACGAAGCGCUGGCGAACUUUACCGGCCCCAUGGACGUCGGCAGUACAGCAUGCCGCCAACAGACGCAGAUGUACAUCAGACACUUGAAAAACGAUUCGCUGUGGGCCGUGAAGAUGUCUGAUUCAUGGAGUCGGUAUCCCAGUGGCCUACUCGUCGGUACCACACAUCAGAUGGGCGUGUAUGAGGAGUGUAUCAAAGUGCACCAUCCAGUUAAGGGUAAAUACUGUGUACCAUCCGUUAAAAUCAGUUCGUCGACCGUCACAGAUUUUGUGUCGGGAAUAAACGACCAACCACAUGAGAACAGCCAUGCCUGGCAUGAAAUACUUGGGUUUGUAGAUCGCGACAACCGAUUGCGCAGAAAUGUCAUGAAAUUCGGUAUUUGCAUACCAGCCGCUUGUACCGCAGACGACCUCCAGGUUACGCUGCAAAAGGAAUUUGACACACACUUCCUACCACACCGGAUCAACGCUCAAGUCCAAGUUGAAUCAAUAUUGUGUUCGACGGACAAGGACGAGUAUCCAUACGAUAAUGGAUAUUAUUUGACCAGUUUACUAGUUGGAUUUAUAUUCUCUUUUUGCUGCUUAUCGACGGCGUACCAUUUGAUAAUAAUAAUACGGAGUAACAAUGGAAAAAAGAGUAAAAUGCCGGAAAUAUUCAACAUGUUCUCCAUAAUUCGUAACUCCAGAGAUUUGAUCAAGUACAACAGAAACAACGAUUUGAACAUAUUCAAUGGGCUAAAGGUUUUGACUAUGAUUGUGGUACUGUUCGGCCAUAAAUUUCUGUACUUCGUAAUAAAUCCGAUCACGUACGGGAUGCAUCUUGAAAAGUUGUAUAAGGAAGGACCGGAUUUCUUAUUGACGUCCAUGAAUUUGAUCGAUCCGUUUUUUUACAUUGCUGGUUAUUUAAUGUACAUCAUGCUGAUUCCGCAAUUCAAUAAGCCCGGCACCAAUUGUUUCCAGAUAGUUAUGGUGAUCGUUUACAAAUAUCUGAAGGUUCUACCAUCGUACUUGAUCGUAAUGCUGAUGACGGCUUUCAUCAUACCUCACUUGGGCAACGGACCGUUUUGGGCUUCGAGAAUAUGGCCAGAAGCGGAUAAUUGCAAAAACUAUUGGUGGGCUAAUCUAUUAGCAGUCAGCAACUUCAUACCAGUCGAAAAUCAAUGUCUCAUUGCCGGCUGGUAUGUGUCGUGUCUGCUACAGUUUCUCGUCAUCGGUACCAUCGUGGUUUACGUGUACGUCAAACAUCGAAAAAUUGGAAUAUCUUUAAUUGUUAUUCUAUUGUGUGCGUCGUUGGCAAUAUCGUUUAUUACAACUUACGUCAACCAAGCGUACGGAAUAAUUCGAGUAAUGUAUUCGUUUUUGGAGAAUCCAAGUAACUCAAUGGAGUUCAGUAAUUUCUACAGACCAUUUUUCUAUCGGGGUACGCCUUUCUACGCAGGAAUGCUUGCUGGCGUCGUUGUGAAAGAGCUGAAGAAACGAGAAAUAAAAUUUUCCACGCCGGUCGUCUAUGUUGGGACUCUGAUAGUCAUCGUCGUUUGCACUUGGGUCCAGUUGUAUGGUGCGGUGUUCCAUGACGUGAACAGACCAUACGACGCUUUUGAACAGGCAUUGUAUUCAGUUUUCAGCCACUGCACGUGGGCCGUCAUAUUAUUCUGGGUCACUAUGUGUCAUUUCACCACCGGUUACGGUCCAAUAGAAAAACUGUUCAACAACAGAUUAACGGUGCCACUAGGCAGAUUAUCCUAUACAGUUUAUCUCGUCAACAUCACUGUCAUGAUGAUGAUAGAAAGUAAACAAAGAACGGCCGUAACCCCUUCAUCAAACUUGUUGAUUGAUGGAUGGAUUGUUGGAGGUUUUAGGACAUACAUGGUGGGCACUUUGCUAUAUCUGAUCAUCGAAGCACCGUCGGGGCAUUUGAUCAAAAAAUUAUUGUUCGGAAAGAAACACGAAAAAAGCGAUCACAUCGGCAGUGCGGUAACGCCAAAUCGGACAGACGCCAACAACGCCACUACAAAUUCAGAACAAAAGAAUUCCUCACGACUGUAAAUGCGUAUUUAUUUACACAUUUUAUGAGCGUAUAAUAUUCUAGUAUAUUAAUAAUAUUAUGUACAUGGUGUGUCAAUUAUGUAUGUCUCCCGUUGAUAAUUUUCAUUCAAUAAUUAAUAUUUUUUAAGUUGAUGUGCGUGUAGGUAUACGUUUUCGGAUAAUCUAUAUCAAGCGUGUUACUGAAUAGGAUCUCAAUGUUUAACACUAUUAUUACCUAUUCAGUUCGCCUGAAUUUGACGUACAUCCAAACUUUGUUUUCAUACAUAGUUUAGUAACAAUAAUAUUUUACUUUUAAGUACUAUUAUUAGUUAGAAUCAAUUUUAGUGAAUAUAUCCAUUCAAAAUAUCUAUAAUUAUUAAUUUCCACAAAUAGUUAAGUACCUACCUAUAGAAUAUAUUAUUAAAAAAGACAAACACGUUGAGACACCAUGUAUUUUGUACAUAAUAUAUACAUAUAAUAUAUUAUAUAUAUAUAUAUAAUAGGUCUGUAAAUUGUACAAAUGUAUUUUAUUGUUUAUUUUUAUAUUAUGAUAUUUUAUUGUAAUAUAUAGGUACGUAAAUACUAAGUAGUAUAAUAAAAUUGAGGUAAAAUAGAAAUCUAUUUCGUCUAGCCGAGGCUUAUCGCCCACCGAAAACAUCAUUAUAUAUAUUAUUUUAUUAUUAUAGUGCAACGGUCAUGAUUUUUAAGGUGUAUUUUUGAUGAAACAAUCGUAAAAAAAAACAAAAUAAGAUAAUCAAACAAUUUUAGGAUAUGUAAUGGAUAAUUAGCAGUGAUGUACUAUGUAGGUAUACAACUUUUGGCCGUUGCGGGUAACACGAAAUGUGUUCACCGAAUAAUAAACUCGCAAUAACAAUUUUACGGGUCCGGUAUAGCGCGUAUUCCGACAAUUUUAUUAUACGGCGCUCGUUUCGUUAAAUACAGUAAUACAACCUUCACAACAGCAACUACAAAAGCAAUAAUAAUAAUAAUAAACGAUACGACUUAGUAGGACUUACCAGAAGUCUGUCCGCGUAACGACACGUGAGCGCUUUUUGUUAUAACUGCCGAGGACUUGACGGUGACAGAUUUGAAGGAUAUAGUAUUUUUUCAUUUGUUUUGGAUGAUUUACUAGAAGCUUAAGAAUGAAAUGUUUUGGGUAUAACAGAAAGAACUGACUAAUUUAACAAACUAACCUGAUAAAAAACAUUUUUAAUAUUUGGAGCAAAAUUUACCGAUUACAUAGUCAAUUACACACAUUUUGUCAAUUAUCUCGGCAGGACUCGAAGGUACAAUGUUGUCUUUUUGUUUUAAUCUAAAUAUUAUACAAGAUAUUCCGUUGACUGUUAUAUUUCUCUAGUUAUUAACGUUUCUGAUUUUUUUUUUUUUUUUAUGCACCCAAUUUAAAAUUUUUAAAACAACGUUUUGAGAAAAUAAACUUAUGUAUUUUUUAUUGGUUAGUAUUAAUAUUUAUAAUAUUUCACGUUUUUAAAUGUCUAAAAUAAUUUUUAAAAAAUUAUAAUAAAAUAUAUCUUCAUGUAAACAAAAGUUAUUGCAUAUAAAUCAUUUACGAUAACAAAAUUAUUAGCCAGUUCUAUAGGUUACGCUCCACCCAAUAAUAGUUGGUAAUAACAAGACAGUAUAGACACUCGAACCUAACAAUUCAUCAUCAUAAUUAAUAUGAUGGAUUCAUAAAUAUUUUAUAUGAUGUAUGCGAUGUAUCAUUCUUCGUAUUCAUAGUAAUACAUUGAUUUUAUUUUUUAUCAUCUUCUUUUAUCUGUUUGAACAAUUUUGAUCUGUGAAAAUUCCGAUAUCGAGACUUAUGACGAGUUAUAAUAGUAUACAAUAUAUAAAUCUCAAUUAAUCGGCUCGCUGUUAAUAAAGAAAAGUAAUUUAUAGUUAAUUGUAGUGAUUUUACUUUUCAAAUAUAAAUUUUAUUCAAACCGUAAUAGCUGUAAUAUUUUGGAUAAGUUCCAACAUUAUCAGAAACAUAUUUUCAAUUUUAUUUUUUAGCAACAGUUUAUUACCUACAUAAGAUAGUUAUAAAAAUUUGUAAAAUUUUAAGGUAAAACUUACUAGGUACUAUUAUAAUAACAGUUGUACGUACAUUAUAAUACUUGUUUUGAUACAUAAUAAAAACAAUAGACCUCGGACUAUAAGAUUAAUAAAAAUUAAUAAAAUUAUAAUUAAUCUUAGCUCAUGUUGAACAGAUAUAAAUUGAGAUAAAUUUCAACUGUAUUUAACCCACGAUACCUAUAAAUAUAUUGUGUUUACUAAUUAUUUGUAUUUUUUUGUUUUAUAUAAUUAUGUAUUUUAUAUUUGUAAACACAAUGUUCAUAAAUAAAAAAAAUUUAAAACAGAA